AUUUAACUUUUUUGUUGACAAAAAAAGACAUUAGUGAACUUUUUCUAAUCGUGUUUUCAUUCUAAUUUUAGAAAUAAAUAUAUUUUAUUUUUGUAGGAAAGAUUGGAACUUUUUUAAAACCAUGAAGUGACCUUUCUCUUUUCUUGUCCUUUCUCUCUCUCUCUCUCUCUCUCUCCUCUGUUGAGUUCUCUCUGAAACAUUUUUUUUUUUCAUCACAUCUUCAAAAAAGUCACCGCCUUUAACAAUCUUCCCCAAUCUCUCUAUACAAACCCUAAUUUCAUCCAUGGAUCUCGCUGCAGAAGAGCUUCAAUUCCUCAACAUUCAAGGUAUUUUACGUGAGUCCACCACGAUCCCCAAAUUUUCCCCAAAAACCUUCUACCUCAUAACCCUAACCCUUAUUUUCCCUCUCUCCUUCGCAAUCCUCGCUCAUUCUCUCUUCACCCAACCAAUCUUAGCUCAGCUCGAUUCAAUUCCUCCCCAAGAUCAAUCCCAAACCAAUCACGAAUGGACCCUUCUCCUCAUUUACCAAUUCAUUUACGUCAUCUUCCUCUUCGCCUUCUCUCUCGUCUCCACGGCAGCCGUCGUAUUCACCGUGGCGUCGCUUUACACGGGAAAGCCUGUUUCUUUCUCGUCAACAUUGCACGCGAUUCCUCUGGUUCUGAAGCGUUUGUUCAUUACCUUCCUCUGGGUGUCUCUCUUGAUGCUUGUGUACAACUCUGUUUUCUUGUUGUUCCUCGUGGUUUUGAUCGUGGCCAUCGAUUUACAGAGCGUGAUCCUCGCUAUGUUCUCGAUGGUUGUGAUCUUUGUUCUGUUUUUGGGUGUUCAUGUUUAUAUGACUGCUUGGUGGCAUUUAGCUAGUGUUGUCUCUGUUCUUGAGCCUAUUUACGGGAUUGCUGCCAUGAAGAAGAGCUAUGAGUUGCUUAAAGGAAGGACUAGUACGGCGUGUACGAUGGUUUUUGUGUAUCUUGCUCUCUGUGGUGUCACCGCUGGUGUUUUCGGUGCGGUUGUGGUUCAUGGAGGAGAUGAUUUCGGGUUGUUGACGAAGAUUGUUGUUGGAGGUUUCUUGGUUGGGAUACUAGUGAUUGUGAAUCUUGUGGGUUUGCUUGUGCAGAGUGUGUUUUACUAUGUUUGCAAGAGUUUCCAUCAUCAGGAGAUUGAUAAAUCCGCGUUGCAUGAUCAUAUCGGUGGGUAUCUUGGUGACUAUGUGCCUUUAAAGAGCAGCAUUCAGAUGGAGAACUUUGAUAUUUAAUCGUUAAUGGAUCGGAUGAUGAUGAAGAAGAAGAUUAAGAAACAGUUUUUGCGGUUUGUCAUUGUAAGUUGUAAUGUUUGUAAUUUUCUAUAGCGUUUGUUUAGCUUUUGCAUACCUAAAAUUAACUUGGGAAUAGUCUGAUAAUUGCAGAUGUUCUGUUCCUUGUAAUUUUCAUAGUGUCUUGUUCAAAUUUUGAAAGAUUAAUGGAAUAAAAUUGUUAUUAGACAAUUUCUUAA